AUGACAAACUACCAGAUAGACACUCCUGCCAAGGUGACAGGGCCGGUUUUCAUUGGCGUCCUUUGGGGUGCAACAGGGCUCUCGUUUCUCUUCGUUCUGGCUCGCACACUUGCUCGCAUCUAUGCCUUCCGACAUCUCUGGCUCGACGAUGCCUUCGCCAUCGGCGCGUGGUUGAUGCUCCUAGUCCAGGCAAUCACCUGGAUGACCCAGGUGGACUCGAUGUACCUCCUCUUUCAGUUAGACGCUGGCAAGCUCAUGCCGACACCCGAGAUCUUGAAACGCCUGGCACAACUGGAGAGGGCCGAGUGUGCCAUUCUCAUCCUGUUUUACACGUCUCUGUGGGCGAUCAAAGCCUCGUUUCUGAUCUUUUUCCGGAGGAUCGGAGGUACCGAUCGCUCCUGGCUCAUCUGGUUCUGGUGUGUCGUUGGCUUCGUCGCGGCCACAUACUUCGUCUGCUUGGGGGACAUCCAGUACCCCUGCCUGCUGAGAGACCAAGCCUAUAUCCUGGAUGUCCUCACUGACCUGACAAUCAUCAGCCUCCCAAUCACCCUACUAUGGAACGUGCGGCUUCCCCUCCGCCGCAAGAUGAUCCUGAUAAGUAUCCUGUCCUUGGCGGUACUCAUCAUCAUCGUAGCGAUCGUACGAGUCGCCGUCGUUGCUACCAAGGAGAAAAACGCCGAUAUGUCCUGGCUGUGGAUGUGGAGUUUUAUCGAAGCCACUGUCGCCAAUAUCAUCGCCUGUGUCGGCUCCUUCCGCCAAUUGUUCGUGAAACAGGACAAGAACCGCGCUUCAGCGUACCCAGUCCGCUUCCAUACGGAGUACCCAUCCUUGGAUGCUAAGCCGGGGUUCCAGCGCGUUCGCACCCGGUCGGAAGGAAGCUCCGAUCUCCAUCUUAAUUCUUACGAUAGUCACCGCGAGCUGGCACCUGUUGUAUAA